CUGUUCGUGCUCUCUUGCCGCUUUCUAUGCACGUGCAUGUUUUUUUCGUAUGAUGUGCACUUAAAAGUUUCCUUUCUGUGCCCGCGAACGUUGCGGCAAUGUCGGAAAAACUCGGGAAAGGACGCAAGGCGUGCUGUGCGGCUGUGUGGUGUGGCAACUCGGGGAGCAACGCUAAGGCGAAAUUUUUCCGUUUCCCAGCGGACGAGAGCAUGCGCUAAUGAUCGAGCGGAUGAUAGUGGGAACUAUUACAACAUCAGUCAACGCUUGAAAAUGAAAGCUGUGCGUAGCACCCUCUCCUCCACGUCGUACGCCACCAACAAUGGCCAAACGCCGUUCUACCAAUCGAGCUACUGCCAGAGCUGCUCUGGGAGUGAGACAGAUGUCUCCACAUCGAACGAGAACUUGAGUGCGGAGGAGCGACUUGCCCUGAGACGCGGGGAGCGGCAGGAACCCCAGGGCGAGGAAACGGCGCUCACCGAGGAUGAGCUCAGCUCACGUUCAAACACUCUUGUGAUUCGAAACAACAGCUCCAUUGAUGGUUUCACAUCACCAUUCUAUGGGAAGCCACCAGAAAGCGGUCCUGUCAAGGGCAUGGCAUCGCUGCCAGCAGCAAAUGCGCCAGUGCGUGAAAUCACCGAGAUACCUAAGCAUUACUUGGACCAGUCCGAAGUGCUCAAGCACCUUGCCAAAGAAGUGCACAAGGACCCUCAAUGUGUGCGCAAAGGCUCCACGGGAAGCUUCUCCUUCUCCCAGUCUCACAACGACCUCAGCCCGGUUGUGAAUGGAGGCAGCAGCUCUCCACGUUGGAAGGUCGCAGCAGUUGACAUUGAGGCAGCCACAAGUGGAGGUGUAGGUAGUGGCAGGGGAUCGCCGCCGCGCAUGUUUUCGCAGCAGCAAUCGAUGCAGCAGCAGUACCAACAGCAGUUGCAGCAGCAAACCAACAUGGCUGCUGCUGCAGCUGCACUUCUUUACCAGCAGCAACAGCAGCAGCAGCAACUACAGCAACAGCAACUACAGCAACUACAGCAACAGCAGCUACAGCAACAGCAGCUACAGCAACAGCAGCAGGCGCAUGCUCGUCCCAGUGGAAGUGCCAUGACCUUGGAACCGGAGACUGCAGUGCAGGCGGUGCAGCAGUUGCUUGAAGAGAAUAGCGCUCUGAAGGCUGAGCUGGACAUGUACUACAGCAAGGUGUCCCGGCUGCAGCGGUUGGAAUUGGAGCUGCAGAAGCUGCAGAACGACCACGACAGCCUGGCGCAGUCAACAGAGAAGCGCGAGCGCUUGCACGGUGCCAUGCAGUCUCGUCUUGAGCGGGAGCUCAGCAAGUCGCAAGAGGUGUCACGCCGACUCAAAGAGCAACUGGAUGCCACACUGACACAGCUGUCCAUUCGAUCGCUGCCAGACCACAGUGACUCUGACCUGAAGAAAGAAGUCAGCAGAAGGGAUGUGCUAAUUGCACAGCUUCUCACGCAAAACAAGGAGCUUACUGCUGAGAAGGAGCGCAAGGAGAUAGAGCUACAGGCACAACGAGCGACACUGCAGGAGCAGCGCAACCACAUCGAUAUCCUUGACAAUGCACUGAACAAUGCACAAGCCAACGUGGUCAAAUUGGAAGAAGAGUGUCGCAAGAAGCAGUUUUAUGUGGAGCGGGCUGGUCAGCUUCAGAAGCAUCUAGCCGAAAUGCAGAUGGCGAGUGAACGGAGGCUGCAGAUGGAGAAGCGUUUCCGAAGCCAGCUGGAGCGGGAUGUAGAAAACCUUAGCGCACAAAAGACCGAUGGUAAAUCGCCUAGCAAUCCAAGGAAGGAAUCGGAGGAUGUGGAGAUCCUCAAGAAGACAUUGAGAGAGUACGAGGAGAAGAUAAUUGGCCUGGAAAACGAAGUGUCAAAGUGGGAGCAGAGAUACCUGGAGGAAAGCACAAUGCGCCAAAUUGCUGUGGAUGCUGCUUCUGUACCCAAGGAUGCCAAGAUAGCUGCAUUGGAGCGCACCUCCCAGGAGAGCGAGAAGCUGAUUGCGCAGGUCCGGUCAGAGAAGCUCAAGCAGAUGGACGAGCUCUAUGCAUCACAACGAAAGUGCGCUGAGCAGGAAGGAAAGCUGAAGGACCUGGAGUCCCGGCUCGCAGAGAAAGACGCCAUGAUUCGAGUACUGCAACAGCACUCCCAGGAGAAAGAUGCGGUACUGCAGAGCGCUGUCAUGGGGCGACCACGGCAUGCACGGGCAGCUUCCUCCGUCACGUUGGGCUCUGCCGCUACGGGGACAGCUGCACAUCGCAGGACAGGGAGCAAGGAUGAGAUUGGCUCUUCUAGUCUCUCCGGUGUGGUCACCAGUGAAGCAGCAGCUAGUGCAACAAGUACUUCAGUCUCGCAGUCACAGUGCUCAGAUUCCAAGAAGAGUAUCGAUGAACAGCUCAAGGAGUUUGGGUCCCGACUCUCUAACAAGUUUUUCUUUUAAAUCACCGACAACUUUGAUGGGCAUAUCGGCUCGUGUCGAGGGAAAUGAGGAAUUGAUAAUAGACACAUUGCGGCUCGACAACGAACACACCACCACUCGGCUUUGGAGGGUCUGAAGAGAGAGAGCCGUCUACUUGCCCGCACCUGCUGCGAUCACUCACUUGACUCAUCUGCUGCUGCCCAUUCCUGCCUCACGGACUUCUUUCCUCUGCGUGCCUCUUUUCUUCCCCAGUGAUGACUCUUCACUGCACUUGCGCACAUGCGUGCCACCAUCACACCCACUGCAUCUGAGACGGCUCGCUGGCUGGCCAGCUGGUUUCACUGGCCCCAGUUUGAUGUACAAGGAAAACAAGGGAGCUUGGCGAACUCGAUGUUCAUUUUUCUUUUUAGGAAUGCGUUCCUUUUUGUUUUUGACUAUUUCCAACAUGGGAGUGCUUGGUAAAUGACAGCGUGUGCAGAGUUCAUGUCUUUGCUUUUCGUGUGCUCGAGUUAGUGCGGACUGGAAGAGACAUCACUUCCACUGUCAUCAGGAGGCACCCUUCUUUUAUUGGCUGCGCCACUUCUUUUUGUCCCUGAAGUUUCAAGGCAGAGCGGUGUGUGUGUCUGUGUCUGCCAGGUCCCAAAGUUGCUGUGCUAAUAUUUACACCAUGUAGAAGAAAGAACCUGGUGAACAAUGUUUAGUGCUCUGCUUCUGAAUGAAGCUUGCUUUGUUUUAGAUGAUCGUGCCAUUAUGGUUGGAAUCUUGCUUUCUGUUACACUUUAUGGAAUUUGUAACAUUCGGGCCCUGGUGGAAUCGGUCUUCCUGUCUCCUGUGAACCUUCUGCCAGACUAUGCCCUGCGUCAAACUUGCAUGUUAACUCGGUGCGUGCUGGGGGAUCCAUGGCUUGUUGUAAGGUGUGUCCUUUUGUGGUUUGCGAACUGGUGCCUCUGUGAAGAAGCUAGUCAGUGUUUCUUGGUGCCAGCAAAACUAAAUUAGGAAGUGUGUGCCGGUCUACAAGAUGUGGUUUCACCCUCUCCGUGCUCCAGAAGAGAGCGGGCGACUUCCCUGUGUGCAAGUUUCUUUUCUUUCUUCUUCUUUGCUGCUUACUUGUAGCCCGAAGAAGGAAGCAAAAGAAUUAAUUUAGCUGUGGUCUCUUUUAGUGUUAGUUUUUAGCUUAUUUAGUUGCACAUUCUUCAUAUGUACCUGCUGUGAAGAGAUUGUGUCAGCACCCAGUGCUUAGUAAACUAUCUGUUGCCAUGAACAAGCCGGUUUGUCGAUGAUGCUCUCUUGCACAUGUCGAAGAGCAUUGGAGAGGGUUGUGUUAACAUCAGCUGCCUGUGGAUCAAGCUGAUAACCGGUUACCUGCGCAUACUCAGUGCCCCCAUCCCCCUUCUUUUGUGUAUUUGUCUCCUUUUAAUUUUCUGUCAAUACGAUUUGUAUUAUGGAUGCACUGAUAAAUAGGAGCAGAUAAUUAGUGCUCCUUGGUGGCUUUCCUGUACCUCCAUUUUGGCGACACAACGGUUGAAAGAAUAUUUUAAUAUAUUUCAUGUAAAUGUUACAUUUUUGAAAAGCACUGCAAGAGUACAGUUGUGCCUUCACAUUUGUAGAGAGUACAGUUCAUUAAAGCAGUGUUUUAGGAAAUAGUUCUUUUUUAAGCUCUCCACUGCACUACAAGCCAGAAUAUGUUGGUGGCAGGGUUGUCACAUUCACAGUGUGAAACUUCUACAAGCCACCAUUGAGCACGAGUUUAAUCCUAAGGCUUGUGCAUUAAUGAAAGGUGGAAUUCUAUGCCACUCAGCCAUUUGUGGCAGUGGCAUGUGUGAGAUGAUGUCAUGAUAGAGAUACAAUGACUGUAGAAGAUAUGUGCAUUUCUUGUCCAGAACAAAAGAAUCUCUUACAUAUUUUGUCUACACAACUGAUCCAUCCCCACGCCGUUUCUGUUAAUGGGGUGCCUAUUAACGAGGCGGCAGGUGCUAUUGCACUCUUUUUGGGGACCAUCCUUUCCUUUCAGGAAUGACUGACGACUGUUGAGUACGACUGUGCUGAAACUUUUAUACAGUAUUCCACUGUUGACCCCGUUCCCCUCUGCCUCACUGUUGUGACGUGGCAGAUUUGAUUGUACCAGAACUUUGCUUUGCAACAAGGCACACAUUCUCUCAAUACUGCAUCGCGUUCAAGUCCCUCCCAGAACAAAGUAGGUCCUUCGUGUUCUCGACACUUGACUCUCACAAGUAUGGCAGCCUUUAUUGGGAAGCUCAUUUUUUCAAAGUGGAAUACUGUAAGAGCUUUUUUAGCGUGCUUUAGUAGUGAAUCUUUUUCUUUUUUUUUUGAGCCAAUCGAGAGUGCAUUGGCACAAGUCUCCUGCCCCAGGAAAGUGUGAGCUAGCUACCUCUGGCAGUCACCUUCUCCAGCUCUUUCUUUUUUUUUCUCUCUCUCCAAAACUUUCCAUUUCCAUUGGAAGUGCCCUGUAGUGCUAAUGGAGACUGUGCCACCUGCCUGCUGUUUGGCUUUGCGGUGUACAUAUAUAUCUUGUGCUUAUCUGUUAGCAUAUGGGUGUGUGUGUGUGUGUGUAUGGGUGCGUUAGGAAAGAAAGUGACUGGCGCAUUGAGCACUGUGUGCUGGUCGCAUAUGCACAAUGCCAGAGAAUGAAAAGACGUGUUUUGUUUUUCUUUGUGGUGUGUGCUGGCGAAAAAAAAGCAAACAAAAGCACAUUGUUAUUUUUUUUCUCAUUAUUUUUAUUGUUUAGAGCCUUGCUUCUUUAUUUUUUUAAACUGGUACAAAACUGUAGCAUAGCGUCAAUCAAAUGUGCUUGCUCAAAAGUGGCAGCAAUGUUGGCGUGAGUCGGAAGUCUGUUUGCCAUUGUUUGUAAGCUGUCAAACGGGGCUAAGGGGACUAUAGUCGAAUCCGUAUAGCCCCAAUUUUUAUAUCGGUUGAGAUGCAGCGACGUUUUGCUGGUGUAUUUUAAUGCCCCGGAUGUUCUUGGGGGACAAAAGCAAAAUUGUCCGUUCUGCCUUACUUGGUUAACUUUUAGAUAGAAAAAUCCACACAUGUACACAGUGUACCUGUACAUGUAAUUGUGCAGGUUUUAACUGCAGUUAAAAAGGGGGGCUGUUCCGAUUCACGUUGGCUUCUUUAUCUUUACAAUUUUUUUUUACCUUUCCAUUCAUACAUUUUAUUAGUAUGCCAUCUGCUGUGCAAUGUUCUAAUUGCUGCAAAAGAAAUAUAUUUUCUAGUCCUGGUGCCAUUUAUGUUUAGCAAGUUUUUGUUUUGUUUUCCUGCAAGUUUCUUUUUUAUUAUUUUCAAGCACAGAGAUAAUGUGGGUCAUUGGUUAGUAUCUCAAUGUUUUAUUCAACAAGGCUGUUUUCUGUAUAGUAAAUAUUCUGCACUGCUUCACAAUUUGUUCAAUUGGUGCAGAAAUUAGCCUCCUUAUAUAACUUUGUGACAAAUAAUAAAAAAAAGAAGAAAUACUUCUCUC